UAGUACUGCUGCUUCGCUCCCGGAAGUGGAGGGUUGGUACGGAGAGAGCCGCUGGGUCUGGGUGCCCGGAGGCAGAAGCGCUCGCGGAGCUCGCCACUCAGGCCCCGACCGCCAUGUCGUCCUUCGACACCAAUCCCUUCGCAGACCCAAUGGACGUAAACCCCUUCCAGGACCCCUCUGUGACCCAGCUGACCAAUGCCCCACAAGGUGGCCUGGCUGAAUUCAACCCCUUCUCAGAGACAAAUGCAGCCACGACAGUUCCUGUCACACAGCUCCCUGCGCCCUCGCAGCCGGCGGUUCUCCAGCCCUCAGUGGAGCCAACCCAGCCAACCCCCCAGGCCGUGGCCUCCGCAGCCCAGGCAAGCCUGCUCCGGCAGCAGGAAGAACUGGACAGGAAAGCAGCCGAGCUGGAGCGCAAGGAACGGGAGCUGCAGAACACCGUGGCCAGCCUACAUGUGAGAGAGAACAACUGGCCGCCCCUGCCCUUCUGGUGCCCUGUCAAGCCCUGCUUCUAUCAGGAUUUCUCGGUAGAGAUCCCUGCUGACUACCAGCGGAUAUGCAAGAUGCUCUACUAUCUCUGGAUGCUGCACUCGGUGACUCUGUUUCUGAACCUGCUUGCCUGCCUGGCCUGGUUCUUAGUCGACAGCAGCAACGGAGUGAACUUUGGCCUGUCGAUCCUGUGGUUUAUCAUCUUCACCCCCUGUGCCUUCUUGUGUUGGUACCGGCCCAUCUAUAAAGCCUUCCGGUCCGACAAUUCUUUCAGCUUCUUUGUAUUCUUCUUCGUAUUUUUUUGUCAAAUAGGGAUCUACAUCAUCCAGUUGGUUGGCAUCCCUGGCCUGGGGGACAGUGGUUGGAUUGCAGCCCUGUCCACACUGAAGGAAGACCACUUGGCUGUGUCGAUCAUCAUGAUGGUGGUGGCUGGCUUCUUCACCCUGUGCGCCGUGCUCUCCCUCUUCCUUCUGAAGCGGGUGCACUCCCUGUACCGCCGGACCGGGGCCAGCUUCCAGCAGGCCCAGGAGGAGUUUUCCCAGGGCAUCUUCAGCAACAGGACCUUCCGCAGCGCUGCCUCCAGUGCAGCCCGAGGAGCCUUCCAGGGGAACUAGGCUCCCGACCGUCCUUCCUCUGCCCCAGCCUUUCCUCUUUGCCUGCCUUUUAGCUGCACUUUCCGUGGGUGCCUUAAACAGUGGUUAUGCCCAGCACAGACCGGGGGAGGGGCUUGCCGGGUGCUUCCUCCUUCCUCAGGCAACCAGCUCUCCCUUCUGCCCGAGGGAAGGGGGGGAGGGAUUGGGACUUAUUUUUUACAUAAGAGAAAAGAAAAAAAAAAGCCAUCUUUCCUUCUCUGGUGGUGGUUUGGUGGGAUUCGGAGCGCUGGGGCUAAAUUCGCUUCCCCGUACCCACGUGCACAGGCACACACGUGUACGUACUUGGGAUCAUCAGCUGACCCGGGCCCAUCCCAGCUGGAGUUUUGCUUCUGCCAGGGUCCUGGGACUCCACUCCUCCCCCAGCAGGCCUGGCGCAAAUCUCAGACCAAGCCUGUGGCUUCCACAGUCCUUCCUUUCCUUCGCUCCCAGGCUGGGGUAGCCUCCCAAGGGCUGCCGUUUAGGUGAACUGCAGUCCUUUGGAUGGCAGGCAGGCUAUGUUCCCCAGAUCACUCUAGGGUGGUCUCUGGGCUUCCAGAGCCUCUGGCGUGGUCGCCCCAGGCUCUUCCCUGCCUUAAAGUUUCUAACAGAUUCGUAGACCUUUAGUGCCCCCUGCACCAUCCUGGUAUGGGCAGCACCUGUGCCCUUGGGGCCCUCUCUGAGCCCUUCCCUCUUUAGACUUACUGAAUGUGCAAUGGGAUUGUUGGGAUUUGGGGCAGCGGGGAGGGAUAGAAGACAUUGACCCCAAGUUGUCUUGCCCAGCCUUUGGCGGUUUUCUGGGAGGGUGGAGUCUGAUUGUCUUGGUGUGGUUUGGCCCUGUUUGUUUUUCUUUCCUCUUCUCCUAAGGGACAGCAGUCCUUUACCGUGGCCUCAGAUCCUACCCCACUCUGCCUUCUCGUAUUAGCAAUAUCGCGUUUGUAUGACUCUUAGAGAGGCAGGAAGAAUCAGUCCAGAACUGCAUCUUCCAGGCUGGACUAAUGAGCCAUUUUUCUGAGGGCUCUGGGCUCCAUACCCCAAGUAGAACCUAGGUCACCUUUCAGUGUUCCUGGGGAUGCCUCAGGUGUGUCAGUGCGAUGGGCACCUGGGAGUCCACAGGUAAAACCCGCACCCUGCCCUCCAAAGGCUAGAGGAGUGGGUGUGUGGACUGAGGAGACUUCUCAAAAUGCUGGCCAAUUGCCUGCCUCUGGGAUCCCGGGCCCCACCCCGAGGCAGCCUACAGACUGUCAGCCCACCAGCCCCAGAGCCACUGAAUGAUAGUGGCAGUGACCAAGGUUUUGUAAACUUUCUGGUGUUUUUUCUUCAUGUAUAAAUGUAUAUGUAAUGUCUCAAUUUUUGUGCUUUAAAUAAAAACAUUUUCAAACAACA